AUGGCUGACAAAGAAGCGAAUAUAAAACUCGCAAAGGAAGCAUUUAAACGCUUGCGAAAACGAGCAAAACAACUCGAAAUAGAGGGGAAAGAUUUUAAGAAGAUAAAAUCAUUAAAUGCACUCAAAACUCGCAGUUAUCGGUUGCUAAUUGCGGUAUUAAUAUGUGUCAUAUUAUUGCCUCCUCUGGCGUACAAAGCAUGCAUGGCACUCGAUGGGGAAACUCAAAAGAAAUUCAUAAACUUUUUCGCUGAAAAGGUGUUGUAUAUCGAAUUGGAGAAGGAGACGUGUUUACUGCCAGCUCAUGAAGUGUAUCUGGAUUUAUUCAGACCGCCUGUCGACUGCAGUAUGUGCAAAGAUGUCGACACGGUCGAUGUCGUCACAAACUUGACCAAAGAGGAAUUUGUUGAAAAAUACGCAUACACAGGAAGGCCUGUGUUGAUACGAAACGGCAGCAAUAAUUGGAGUGCCUCAUCGCAUUUCAGCUUUCAGUUCUUUAAGAAUAUCUACCCAAAGGAUAGCCCUGUAUUGCAGUCCGAAGAUAAGGAUUGUCAAUUCUUCCCUUAUCGCACGAAUUUCGAAAGUUUAGGGCAGGUUUUUGAUAUGCCUGAAAACAUGGCGAAAAUGGAAGGAGAUCCAUGGUACAUUGGGUGGUAAGUUUGCUUUUUGUUACGAAUAUUUGUGAUUUAAACCGAACGAUAGAUUAUUUACAUACAAUUUGUACUUGUUUACAUAUGGAGUGAGUAAUUACUACAGACGAGUGAUUUACAUAUUAUCGACACGUAUACCAUGGUUUUCACUUUUUUCCAUCUACCAAACUGAUAUUACGUCAUUUGAUCAAUUUCUAAAGUUGUUUCUUUUUGGAUUUUUUAAUUAAUUUGGUUAGGGUUAGAGUUAGGGUUGCGGUUAGGGUUAGGAGUUAGAGUAGGGGUAGGGUUUGGGCUAGUUACAUAGCCAUUUAACACCUCUUCAAUCUUCUGAAAAUGACGUCAUGUCAGUUUGGUGGUUGGAAACAAGUGCUGACCGUAUACCAUAUACAUGUAGCCAUACGCAGCUGUGUAAUUUGAUAGCAAUACAUUUUCAAACGUUUAUCGUAGUGAAAAUCCAUUAAGUUGGUCCCACUUUUUGAAAAACACUUUCAAUCGUUUCCUUUUUUAUCAAAAAUAGUCCAAAAAGUCCUCAUUGCUUCAUGAUGUACUCAGAUGUACUGUGACGUCAUAGAAGGAUUUCCGAAGGAUUUCCAUUGCAUGCUUGCAAAAUGAAAAUUGUUUUACUUUUUGUCUUUGAUAUAUAAUUUUUUUACACUUUUGUUUCUAUAUAGGAGUAACUGUGACUCCAGCGCGGCUAAUGUUCUCCGGAAGUAUUACCAAAAACCAUAUUUUCUUCCUGACGAAUCGGAGUCCAGCAAGACAGACUGGAUAUUUAUGGGCUGUCCUGGAUAUGGCGCUCAUCUUCAUGUGAGUUUAUCGCAAACCUUUUCCAAACCCUACCAAGACUGAGCUUUUUGCAGUGGCUCAGGCGUAAUGGAAAGAAUGUGCCAGACUGUAAAAUGUUGGCUUUGCCGGACAAAAUGCGUUUGUGAACCAAGAGUCAAGCACAUUUCUGAUCUUCCUAUUUGACAACAACACUUUAGACCGCAGGAUCCCUUGGUCUGCCAUAAAUUUUUUGUGAAAAUACUCGCAUUUCUGAGCAUUUUUCCCAAGGAAAAAUAUUUUCUGCGCAAAAUAAAACUUUUCAGUCUGGAGAAUAUCUUAUAUGCAGUUUAAAUAAGAAUAUGAAUUGGCUUCUUGUACUUGACUUCAUUAAACCACCAUGUUUACAUUCCUCUUUGUAUUUUUCUCUCUUAGAUUGAUGCUGUGGGUAAACCUUCAUGGCAAGCCCAGAUCAAAGGCACCAAACAAUGGAUCCUAGAACCACCUCCUGAAUGUUACUUCCAGUGCAAAAAACCGAAACAUGUAAUUGUUGUUCAACCUGGUGAUAUCAGUAAGUCUCGUGCUCAUUAAUGAUUCAUAAAGAAAGUACUCAACUACAGUAAAUUGCUUGUUUUGAUCACCUGUAGUCCUCAGCUUCGAAAUAUUACUGCUCAUACCAACAGCAAACACAAAGCUAAAAUGAACAUGUUCUGUGAUUGGCCUCCUAUAAACAAACCAAUUGAAAAUGUAUUCUUUAGAUUUAUUUUGUGUUUCAUUGUUAUAAUCAACCAAUCGCAGAACCUGUUCAUAUGGCUUUCAGAUGAACCAACCCCCACUGCCCCUGACUUGUAUCCAGUCCCUGCAUGAGGAUUGAACAAAAAUAAUGGUGCAUGAUGGGAAUGAAUCUCUCAUUGUCCACUGAUCUAUAUAUGUACUCAUGCUGUACAAUUUAUUGAGUCUUAUAUUUACAAGUUAGACAAUUCCCCCAGAAGGUCAGAACCUUGAUAUAAAAGCGCUGUGCACAAGGUUUACAAGUUACUACAAUCAACCAAUUACUCUGUCAAUCUAUUUCAAGUUAUCAUAUCCUUUAAUUAAUAUCACUUGAUUUUAUAAUUUACAUUUCUAAUUCGGUCUGACCUUUUCUGAACUUUGUUGUCUUAUCUCGUUUUCAGUUGUCCUGGACACGAACAGAUGGUUUCAUCAAACUGACAUUAUUGGCACUGAUAUGAGCAUCACAAUUGGCUCAGAAUACGAUUGA